AUGGCAGAUUGGUUUAUGCUUCCAAAAGAUCUUCUGCUGUUAAUUAUAGAAAAACUCAACAGUGAAUUCUACCGCAUUCGCUUUCGUUCCGUCUGUUCCACAUGGAGAUUUUUCAUACCAAAACCUCACAACCUUUUUCCCUUCAAGCUUCCGCACUUCCCCGACUUUAGUGAUUCUGAUAUCGAAAAACUCGAAAAACACAGCAUCUUUCUCAUCAAACCACCCGCAACACCAAACCAACAAAUUCUCCGCCCUUGGUUGGUCAGAAUCAGUCCAACUUCAACCGGAAAAUUUAACCUCUGGCACCCUCUUUUACGUCACAGUCUUAAUAUACCUUCCGAUCUGCGCAUGCUGGACUUCAGCCAACUCUCUGUCUUUAAUAUGGGACAGAUCUAUAAUUUGUCUACCCCUGUUGCCACGUUUCAGGGGGACAAGUUUGAGGAUUCUGUUGCCACGUUUCAGGGGGGAGAGAUUCUGGAUAUUAUCACACAAGACUACUCCGGGGAGCUGGUGAUGCUCCGUCGUGGAGACGAUAGUUGGACUAAGAUCCCCCAUGAGGCAUAUUUCUACAAUGAUAUUUUCAUUUUUAACGGCCGGCCUUGUGUGGGAGACAAAACCGGUUGGACUGUGAUGAUCGGAUCAGAUUUGAGCAUUCAUUUGGUGGCUGAGCCAGUGCAUGGUGGCUUUCUCUAUGGCGACGUUAAAAUUAUGGUGGAAAAUGAGUCUGAGUUGUUGCUAGUUCACCGAUCUAAAGAUUUUUCCGAUGGAGAUAAGCCUGUAUGGAUCGAUGUGUAUAGGCUUGACCAGAAAGAGAAAAAGUGGUUGUGGUUGUCAAAUUUAGGGGAUACAGUUGUGUUUUUUGGGCGAUGUGGUUCGUUCGCUGCUUCUGCGUUGGAUUUGGGUUUUGACAAUGGGAAUUUUGUGAUUUAUUCUAACAAUAAUGACAUGAGUAUUUUUCACUUGGACCAACGGAAGAAUUCGCUUUUAUCUGAUUAUCAAGAUUAUUUCAAGUUGUUCUGGCCACCUCCAGAGUGGAUCAUUAGUAGGGGUUUCUAA